AUGGACACAAUCCGAGCUGGACUGCACGAGUCGAUGAAUGGCCUGGCCGGGAAGGCCCACAAGCCCUCGGAUGCUGUGAGCAUCGCCGUCAGCACUGUCAGUGCUGCCAGUGACUCCGACGGCUCGACCAAGACGGCCCACGUCGUACGUGAAGAUGAGACGCUCUCUUCAGUCACGGCCGUCUCACACAGCCAAAGCUCGACGGCUUCGAUCCAAAUCACCCGUCUCAUUGACACCAGCCGAGCCAUUCGAGGCCACAUCUGCGGCUUUGAAGAAUACAACGAGACCUUCUUCAAGUCCCUAGACCUGGAGUCUUAUCUCGCGUGCAUCUCGGACCACCGCCUCGUCCAUAUGCCCCCGCGCGGCAGCGACUGGGACCGCGUGCUCAAAUCAGCCCAGUUCUUCGGCCUCCAGCUGUGGAGGCUGGGGUCUAAAGUCGACAGCUUCUGCUUCGGCGCCGAAGUCGCUUCCGUCACGGCCUUGGGAAGCACCCAGGUCUUGCUCGAGAUUGGGCCUCGCCAAGCCAAAGCCCUCCUGCCAACCUUCAAGGCCCUGUAUAAGCUGGCCAUCCUCAUAUCCAACAUCAGCCAGAUCAACGACAUCUUCUCCGGCCCGAGAGAGGUGAAGGAGGCCGUCGCUCACCUCUACUGCGACUUGGUCGAGUUGGUGGGCGACAUUGCGGUUCUGUACCGGAAGAGGAUCAGCAAUCUGAAGCCGGGCGCCUCCGUCGUCCUCAACUUUGAAGCUUCUUUUGGGAGCGCCAUGGCUGCCAUUCUGAAGAGGCGAGACCAAGUCACUGCGAAGCUAUGGUCACUCAAGCUCGGCAGUAGAGCCACUAGGCUCACCCUCGAGGCCAUUCGACAUCGACUAAAGCAAGAUCGCUCGGCCCGGGGCGCCUUCUACGAUCAGGUCUCGGACAGCGUAAAGCGCGCCGAGGGCACUUGCGAGUGGCUCAAAAGUCCCCUUGUCGAGUUCUUCAGAAGCCACGACAAGGCGCUGACAAUCACGGGCGACAUCGGUACCGGGAAGACCUUUCUUUCUGGGUGGAUUGAAGAACGUUUGCAACGCCCCCUUGAUCACGCUCAGCACUCAGCUUUGGCGUACAGUUUCCCCUUCGAUUCUCCCGCCGGGUGCACUCCACUCGCAUUCCUCAAGAGCAUUUUGUUCCAGCUUCUAGAGAAGAACGUGGGUGACGUCGGCUUGUACGACAAGCUUGUUGCUGCGUUUGAGGCGUACGACAAGCACCACAGCACGGAAAAGCUCGAGUCUUCUCUCUGGACGGCCUUGGAGUCUGGGCUCCGGACGCUGAACAAUCGCCUUGUCAACCUCGUUAUUGUCGUGGAUGGCUUCCACGACAUUAUUGGGCCACAGACCCCUUUAGACUUCCAUAAGGCACUGCGUGGAUGCAUUGGGAAGUUCAAGACAAUCCGCAUGAUCACCUUGUCCAAAGCCAUCUCGCAUCUGAGCGAUGGCUGCAGGCAUUUUAUCAUCACGCCUCAACACUUGCAAGUCGACAUCAAGGCGUAUUUCCGGCAGCGUUUUGCCGAGUUCCAGUGCUUUGGUCAGCUCAAGCCCGAAGCAAAGGAGAAAACUUUGCAUGAGCUUUCUCUGAAAGCCAAAUCAUCCUUCAUUUGGGCCUACCUUGUGGCUCAGUUGCUAGCAAAGGAGUCGCUGGCUUCUUCCCCUGAGGCCUUUUCCCAGGCCGCUCACCACGCCUCCACCAGCUCCGACGAGAUCUUGAAGAAGCUUGUUGCCAGAAUCUCUUUGAAGAACGACACCACCGAAGCAUUGCUUUGCUUCAUGCUCGCAGCCGACAGACCUCUGUCGGUUGCCGAGUUAUCUGAGCUUUUGCGGGUCGACAUCAAGGCUCGGCGUUUUGGAGUUGCCGUUGACGUCCCGAAGCACAUCAAAUCAGCUUGCAGUGAUAUUGUGGUCAUCGAGAAUGGUAGCGUUCACUUCAAGAGCAGGACAAUCCGCACUUACAUGCAUGGUCUGAUGGGCAAAUCUUUGCCGGCGCCUCGAGAUGCUCAACACCACUUGACCUUAGUCCUUCUUCUCUACUCCAAGCUUACGUUAUCGGAUGUCUCGGAGCCAUCUUUUGACCUUCUUGGAGAUACAGUCAUGGAUCAGAGCUUCCACUCUCACGCACUUCUAUACUACGCUGUUCGACACUGGCAAUCUCACUUUCGUGCGUCCAGCUUCUACGGAGCAAAGGGGGAGCUGGUUUUGACCAAGGACUUCCACGAAGUUUUCCCAGCCUCAUGCCAUUUCGCCCUCCUCGAACGGUCGAGCUGCUACCAUAACCUGACCACACCGUCGCUGGUUGAGUUCCACGACUUCUCUCUAAAGGUUCGAGAGGCAUGCUUUGGCCAGAAGCACAUAUCGGUUCUGCAGAUCUUGAUUAUUCUCGGCAACAUCCACAUCACGGCUUCGGACACUCUCGUCGGGGCCAAAUUCUUCUACAGAGCGGUGUCUGUAGGGAAGGUGAUUUUGCCACAACUCAGUGCGGUUGUGGUGACAUGCGCAAAUUACUUCCUGCAAUACACGGGGACCAUCACCAUCACGACGCGCACCGAGAUUGUCACCUACCGGGAAGAAAUGAUCCUCUUCAUGAUUGAGAUUUGUAAGGGCAAGCACGGAACAUCUAGCGAUCUGGUGAUCAAAUGGUACGAAGUGCUGGCCAAAUUGUAUGUUGACAUCAAGGAAGAAUUCCGAGCGACGUUGAUCUACAAGGAGCUUUACGAGAUCUAUGUCGUUCGUUUCGGCAAAAAGUCGCCACAGGCUCGCCGCCUUACAGAGCAUCUCGGAGGACUUAACAUUGUCCUCAAAGGCGAAACGAAGACAGAUGUCAAAGAGUAUGCCGGGUUCUUGCUAGGGGCCACAGAAGAUCUCAAUAUGGAAGACGAGCUAAGGAUCUCCAUCCUUCUCCGGCUUGCUCUAUUUUACGAGUCUCAAAAGCAGUGGUACCUAGCCGAGAAUCUAUACAUCAAGCUCUGGAGACAUAUCUCAGAGGUUUGCCGCAUCAAAGCAACCAUUGAGCUUCACAUCACCAAGAUCACCAUCGCCGUUGAGUACGUUCGGUUUUUGCAAAGACUGAAGCGUACCUCAGAAGCCUGCAACAUCCUGAUCUGCCUUUGGGCCGAAUAUGAGCAUCACAGCUUUGAAGAGAAGAAAAUCAUCGUCCUCAUCAGGGAGGUUGGCGUCUUGUUCAAAGUGUGCGGCCUUCUUGACGUCGCCAUUUCAAUCUUGACCAAGGUCUGGGGCUGGUUCAGGGGCAAAGGCAAGGUAGACGACGAGGAUGCGGUCCAGACUACUAUAUUGAUUACAGAGGUCGUUGAAGAAAUUAUCCAGACCACAAUGACCACCAAGACGACCAACACCACAACCACGGAGACUACCGAGACGGUUGUCAGGGAGAUCUUCGAGACGCAUCUCACGAGGUGCAAGAAGAGCAAGGCUGAUGCCGUCUUCUUCAAGUCAUGCGUCGCCCUCGCCAACCUCUACAUCAAGCUCCAGAACUGGGCACAUGCCGAGAUUGUCAUCAAGCAGACCCUGGAAAUCACCUGGAAGGCUAUCCUGACGGUAGAGGUCACCAUCGAGACUACCGAACACUUCGCGUCGGAAUGCAUCUUGGUUGCCACUCGCCUGGCCGUAUGCUACCACCAACAGAGGUUGUUCGAUAAAGCCGAGAGCAUCUACCUCCGAAUCUUCCACGCGUGCCUUGCGUCCUUGCACUUGGAAGAUGUCAGGAUUGAAGAGACCCUUGCCGUGCUCAUCAAGUUCUACGAGGAACACCAUCGCCACGAGAAGGUCAUUGAGGUCUAUGUCGAGCUUCUUGCGAGGUACCGCAAACAACUCGGACACACCCACAAGCUGACCAUCAAGGUGUUGUAUGCCUUGGCUGCUCAUUGCGAACUCUUGGGACGACACGGUGCGUAUGACUAUUACAUCGAGAUCGUCACAGUGCUCAACAAGCACAAGAAGCAUUGCCAUCAUGAUGCUUUCCAGGCAGCCGUGGUCUUGGUCAGGUACUACCAUGAAAGGAAGUGCUGGACGGAACUCCAACACAUCUGCCACGUUCUGUGGGAGACGUUUUUGCACCACCACAAGGAAGUCCACUUUUCAGAGGGGAUCAUCCAGCUCGUCUUUGAGAAGUAUGUCUACGUACUAGAGUUUCACGCCAAGGUUGAGCUUUCUGUGCUUUACGACAUGACAAAAAAGUUCCAUGAGACGGUCACAGUUGUGUUCGGUGUCGCCGCGUCCAUCGUGAUCGUGGCGAUGCUUUCCCUGGCCAAGAUCUGCGAGCGGCACGAGAAGCAUUACCAAGAGUCGAUCACGAUCUACGAGGAAGUCAUCAAGCGCAUCACUACGACCAAAACUACGACGACCACAACUACGGAGACUACAAUCAACACCGUUAAAAAGCGUUUGUCGAAGGUUUAUGUGACACUCAUUACCUCUGGUUCUUCGAAGACGACUGUCACCGUCACGACAAUCGAGCGAGCCAUUGUCAUUUGUCUCGAGUCGUAUGCCCAGCUACGCAUUGAGCUUGGAUGCUGGCAUGAGAAGACACUUUUCAAGCUGAAGGACGUCAUCGUUUUGUACCAGAAGCUGGGAAGCAAGGAGUCACACGCAAAGAUCAUCGAAUUACUGCAGGUUGCUAUCAUUGCCAUUACGACAACCACGUGUGGCUCUUUGUCUCUUUACCAUGCCGCAGCGACUCUUGCAUCAAUCUACAUUACAGCCGGCCUUGCCAAGCAGGGCCUCGUGCUGGUGCGUCAUCUGCGUCAUCUGGUCAUCUUUGGGGAAGAUUUUGAGAUCAGCACAGAGAUCAAGGUCACUCUUGACACAUCGUCUAUCACCAAGGCCGCAUUCGUCUUCCUCGUGUCAUUUGAGCAGCGCAUCACAGAAAAGAUCGUCAUGACGUUCUCGGAACUCAUGGCCAGUACACUGCUCGAAAUCUCUCUCUACGAGCAGUACAAGAAGGUCAUCGAGAUUGAGACGGAUAUUGAAAUCGUGCUUCAGCACGGUUCCAGGCUACGGGCCUUCUGGGCCGAGCAAAGAGAGGAUCAUUUGCUCGCAGUUCUCGACAAAAAGCUAUUUCACAUCUUCAAGACCAAGUACUCGGCCUUCAUAACGACACACGAUGACUACACUCGCAUCUUCUACCUUGCCUUAUUAGCGUUUCUUGCAAAGGAUGAGGCCAGGGUCGACUUUGCAGCGUUGGCAUGCAAGUCUGGCAAUGCCAAGGUAGCCGAGCUGCUUGAGUCAGGCGACUUCAAGAAAGCUCUAGAGGUUGCAAAGUGCACCUUCCACUUUGCCGACAAGCAGAAGUUCUACGGCAACUUGCAGCACGUUCGGUAUGCUUACAGGCUAGCCGAGUUGAUGGCUGGAAUCGACGCCCGGAAGCCGACCGACGCCAAACUCUGGGCCGAGUUCCUCAAGCUCUCCAAGGAAAUCACAAACGAGGCAUUGGCCAUUUUCAAGGCGAACGGCAUUGACUUUGUGCGGUUGAGGUUUGAAGACCUGAGUGAGAUUGUGCGCCUGCUCGGAAGUCAGCAGAACUACGGAGAACUCGAGGCCCUCCUACUCAAGCUUUGGCAGUCGCGCGAAGUGCAAAAGACGUGGCAUAGCGGCCGCGUCCUCAGCAUCGGGAAACUGAUGGUGCAUGCCCACGUUGCCGCGAAAAAUAUCCCGGCGGCCAUUGAGCUUGCAGACAUCAUGUGCUACAACUUGCGGCGCAGCCGUGGAGUGUUGGACCCGGUGACGGUCGAAAUGUCACAGAUGCUGGCAGCUCUGUAUACAUCCGACAACCGCGUCGGUCGGUCCAUUGACGUUCACGAGCAAAUCCUUCGCGAGAUUGAAGCUGCUCUUCGCAAGCAAGGGCAAGGCCAUGGCCACCACGAGAGAACCUACCAGGCUGCAGAAAAUGGCGGCAGCACGAAUGGCCAUCAGCAAAUUCUGCUCAAGAGAGCCCAUCUGCGACUUGGCGGCUGGACGAAAUCUGAGCAAGAGUUCACGGAGCUCUAUUCGCGCCUCGCAGCUCUCUUUAGCAACGGCGAUCUGAAGGGCCCUAGUCCCGACACGUGGUCCAAGGCAGGCAACAAAGACAAGCCGGACGAUAUGAUCGGCAAGUAUGUCGGGCCAAGGGAGUGGGAAACAGCAUCUUCCACACGUUGGUCAGCACCGACUUGGCGAGGUUGGGCAUCUGCGUGA